AUGUCGUGGGCAGGUAUUGUUUCACCUUCCCCGCCAAAGGCUCAUCAAAACAUGGUCGCGAUCGAACCAAUACCAUCGACCAAAGUGCUGACGAGGUCAUGGACACGCAGGAUUCAAGAAAAAUGUCAACCGCGCAACAACGCAGGUGAUGAUGAAGACGGGCUCCGCGCCGCACAGAGGAAACGCUCAGCGAUUAUCAAGACGAUUGCUGUUUUUGAGCUCUCUCAUUCCCAGAUACUAAUUCAUGACUUUGGAAUUCCCUUAGGGCACGUCGAACGGACAAAUGACCGAGACUAUGAAAUCGAGGAGCGUCGAUACCGGACAAUGGAGGCUGCGGCCACUCGGCUGCAAAAAGAGGCUAAGGGGUACUUGGAUUCAUUGCGAGCUAUGACUGCCUCUCAGAUGCGCAUUGCGGAGACUAUUGACGCCUUCUAUGGCGAUGCCGGUACUCGUGACGGUGUGAGUCGAAGCUACAGACAAGCUGUGGAAGAUCUUGAUGCGGAGACGAUCAAGGCCCUGGAUGGCCCUUAUCGGACAACCGUUCUCGAUCCCAUCUCCCGCUUCUGCGCCUACUUCCCCGACGUCAACGAAUGUAUCAAGAAGCGUAAUCACAAGCUGCUCGACUACGACGCCAUGCGUGCCAAGGUCAAGCGCCUGGUGGAAAAGCCCGAUAAGGAUGCGUCCAAGCUGCCCCGGACCGAGCGCGAAACCGAGCUCGCCAAACAAGCCUAUGAACAGCUGAACGAACAACUGUUCACCGAGAGCUCCCGCAGCUCAUCGAUCUCCGUGUCCCCUACCUGGAUCCGAUACCUGGACGCAGAGACGAGAGAUCAGUAUGCCCGGGGUGACCUGGAUAACCGGGUCGAGGAGGUCUUGCAGGAGAUUCGGGAAUUGAGCAUUGCCGGCACUGUUUGA